CGAAGGCUUUAGAAAACAAAAGGAACAACCUUUUUCCCGGCAAAUGCUUCCGAUGGAACAUCCACUUCCACUGUCGUUCGUCUUGCCAAACCCGGCCACCCUUCCCGGUCUCGCACUAGGCUUUAUUGACGGUAAUUUCGUAGACCUCCAAGAUCUGCUCCUCCGCGCUUCGACUCUGACGUCCAAUUUAAACCACGACUGUUCUGAUCUAAACGACCGUCUUCUCCAUCUCCGGACGGAUCUCACGAAGCACGCCGUUUCCUGGAUCUCAACCUCACUUUCCGCUAAAGUUUCACUCGAAGAUUUGAGAUUGAACCUGGAGAGCCUCCUCUGUCUCCCUACGGAUUCUGUCGGAAAGCAAACGAAUUGGGAGUUACAGCAAGUCGUAGAGGAAUUGUGUCGUAUACAGAAUCGGCGUAAAUAUUUCGUGACUGCCUUAAAGUUGGAAAGUCUUGUUGGCGAUCUUGAAGAUUCUGUGUUUCAUCCGAUAAGUAAACGCAAAGGAAGUACGCUUCAAGAUCUUGCAUUGAAGCAAGAGAGAUUCAGUCAUGCUAUUAAGACCAUGAAUGAGAUUGAAGAAAUACUUGGUGAUGUUACAAGGCAUCACUCACGGUGGCGUCGCCUUGUAGAUUCUGUUGAUAGUAGAGUAGAUAAAAGUCUGUCUGUUCUUCGUCCACAGAUUAUCGCAGAUCACCGAGCUUUUCUCUCAUCUCUUGGCUGGCCACCAAAACUUGCAACAUCCAAAGUCGAGCAUGGAGAGGUUGAUAGUAUCCCUAAUCCUCUACUCUUGAUGCAAGGAGAUAAAAAAGAGUCUUAUUCCCAAAGCUUUCUACUCCUCUGUGGUUUACAGCAACAUAAUACGCAGAAGGAAAAACGAAAGAAGCUUAAUAUGACCAAAGAAACUGAUAAUGAUGGACUUUGGGCGACCGAUGAACUAGUUAAACCGGUUGCAUCUCGGAUGGAGUAUCAUUUUCUAAAAUGGGCUGAGCAACCUGAGUUUAUUUUUGAACUUGUCUAUAAAGUUACAAGAGACUUUGCUGAUGGGGUUGACGAUUUCUUACAGCCUUUGAUUGAUAGGGCUAUGUUAGUAAGCUGUAGUGCUAAAGAAGCUUGGGUUUCAGCGAUGGUCCAAAUGCUAUCUGGUUUCUUAGAGAAAAAAGUUUUUCCUGGGCUUAUAGAUAUGUACAAGGAGAAGCACAUGAAAUCUGAAGGUAUUUCAUCGUGGUUCCAUCUUGUCGAUCAGAUGGUUACAUUUGAUAAGCGAAUGCAGUCUUUUGUGAAUACAGAUACUUGUCUAUCUUAUGAAGGCUCUUCGACAGCGUUUUCUCAAGGUAUAUCAGUAAUGGGACUGUUUUGUAAGAAACCUGAGUGGCUCAAAACCUGGGGGAAGAUUGAGCUAAAGGAUGCUUAUAGAAAAAGUAAAGAGGAUAUUAAGAAUGAGAAAGCUUGGGUAAUUGAUAGUGAAAGAACUAGACUUGGUAAUGAAUCCAACUCACAGUCUGCAAAGUAUGUUCUAUCUACAAGAGAAGAUUAUAAAGCGCCAUUAGUAGCAGACUCUUUUCUUAAUAGGACUUGGAGGUUGAUAGACCAUGGUCUAUCUCUACCGGCCAUUCUACCAAGGAUCCAAUUUAUAAGAGCUACUGCCACCAGAUUUCUCUGGUGUAUAUUCAAAAUUCUGUUAUUGGAGUUCAAAAAGACUGAUCUCUCUCAUUAUGGUUUGUCUGAAGAUACACUGAUACAAGCAUGUGGACCGGUUAAUGCUGCUCGGUAUCUUGAAUCAAAACUACGAGAAUGGAGUGAUGAUUUGGUUUUUGUAGAGAUGUGGGCUGCCGAAACCAGUGUCAAAGUUGAUAGAAAACCUGAAGUUUCCUGCCAAGGCUGCUUUUUUGGGGAAGAACUGAAAAGCCUUGUUGAGUUGGAAACCAAUUGGCUUAUGGAGAUUAUAACAGUUUUUCUCCACCAAUUUGACAAUCUUUGCAGCGACCACUUCCACAACAAUGCAGUUUCAUGGGACGAAGACGUCAUUACCAGCUCCAGCAAUUUAACAGUGUCUCAGGGUGUCGCAGAAGCAUUGGACAAUUUAAGAAGGCAUCUGUGUGUUCUUCAUCUAAACAUGAACCCGAAAGACUUCUUGGACUUGUGGAGAAAUCUCGCGGAAGGGCUUGACCAUUAUGUUUCUCGUAAAUUUUUCUCAGGAGAACCUGUUUUACGGAGACAAAAGUUUGAUAGGUUUGAAGUUGACGCAGAGGCACUUCUUACUGUGCUUAAACCUUAUUGUGUUCGUCCUGGUGCAUUUUUCCCUCGUGUGCGAGAGAUUCUUAGGCUGUUGAGGAUGCAUGAGGAAGAAAAGGCACGAUUGAGAGGAGCUCUAAGUCGAAGUGGAAAUACUUGUCUAAAGUUGUUUGGUAUUUCUAACUUGUCUCCUCAACUUGUGGAACAAUUUUGUAGGUCUUACUAGUAAUGAAUGCCUUUUUGUAAAAUUGUAUCAGUAUUUGAGUCCAUGAUCAAGAAGAUGAGAAGUGCAGCAGAAAUUGGAUAAAUUGAAAACUAGCAAUGGUGUGUUAAAAAUGAUACAACCUUGCUUUUGAUUCCGUAGAAGUACAUACCCAUGACUCUAAAGAUCAUCUUCAAUAAACAAAAAAAGGAUUAAUCUGGUCUGGUGAAACUAAAAGAAGAAUAGAUAAGUUAAGUGAAGUGAAGAAUCAAGAGAACUCUUGGAUCAAGGGCUCAUAGAAGAGUCUGUAUGCGUCCAUGACUUCUAAAUACCACAUGGCUUCACGAUCUGGG